GCCUCAGCCUUCCAGGGAGCUGGAACCACAGGCCGCUGAGUAUGUCCCAGAGAAGGUGAAGAAAGCCGAAAAGAAAUUAGAAGAGAAUCCAUAUGACCUUGAUGCUUGGAGCAUUCUCAUUCGAGAGGCACAGAAUCAACCUAUAGACAAAGCACGGAAGACUUAUGAACGCCUUGUUGCCCAGUUCCCCAGUUCUGGCAGAUUCUGGAAACUGUACAUUGAAGCAGAGAUUAAAGCUAAAAAUUAUGACAAGGUUGAAAAGCUGUUUCAGAGAUGCCUUAUGAAGGUUUUGCACAUUGAUUUAUGGAAAUGUUAUCUUUCAUAUGUCCGAGAAACUAAGGGGAAACUACCAAGUUACAAAGAAAAAAUGGCUCAAGCAUAUGACUUUGCACUGGAUAAAAUUGGAAUGGAAAUUAUGUCCUAUCAGAUUUGGGUGGAUUACAUCAAUUUCUUAAAAGGCGUGGAAGCUGUUGGAUCUUAUGCAGAAAAUCAGAGAAUAACAGCUGUCCGAAGAGUUUAUCAACGAGGUUGUGUUAAUCCAAUGAUCAACAUUGAACAGCUCUGGAGAGACUAUAACAAAUAUGAAGAAGGUAUUAAUAUUCAUUUAGCUAAAAAAAUGAUUGAAGAUCGGAGUAGAGAUUACAUGAACGCUAGGCGUGUAGCAAAGGAAUAUGAGACAGUAAUGAAAGGUUUGGACCGCAACGCUCCCUCGGUGCCUCCACAGAAUACUCCUCAAGAAGCUCAGCAAGUAGAUAUGUGGAAGAAAUAUAUACAGUGGGAGAAGAGCAACCCCCUUCGCACCGAGGACCAGACCCUCAUAACCAAAAGAGUCAUGUUUGCUUAUGAACAGUGCCUGCUUGUGCUGGGUCAUCACCCUGACAUCUGGUAUGAAGCCGCCCAGUACCUUGAGCAGUCCAGCAAACUGCUGGCAGAGAAGGGAGAUAUGAAUAAUGCCAAAUUAUUUAGUGAUGAAGCUGCUAAUAUAUAUGAAAGAGCCAUAAGCACUUUAUUGAAGAAGAAUAUGCUUCUUUAUUUUGCAUAUGCAGAUUAUGAAGAGAGCCGCAUGAAGUACGAGAAGGUUCACAGUAUCUACAACCGACUGCUGGCAAUUGAGGAUAUUGACCCGACCUUGGUAUAUAUCCAAUACAUGAAAUUUGCAAGGAGAGCAGAAGGUAUCAAAUCUGGAAGAAUGAUAUUUAAAAAAGCAAGAGAAGAUACCAGAACCCGCCACCAUGUCUAUGUUACCGCUGCACUCAUGGAGUAUUACUGUAGUAAGGACAAAUCUGUUGCCUUUAAGAUUUUUGAGCUGGGGCUGAAGAAAUAUGGAGACAUUCCAGAAUAUGUCCUGGCCUAUAUUGACUAUCUUUCUCACCUCAAUGAGGACAAUAAUACCCGAGUUCUGUUUGAACGAGUUCUAACAUCUGGAAGCCUUCCUCCUGAGAAGUCUGGAGAAAUCUGGGCCCGGUUUCUAGCUUUUGAAAGUAAUAUUGGUGACCUAGCUAGUAUUCUCAAAGUAGAGAAAAGACGGUUCACGGCAUUCAAAGAAGAGUAUGAGGGCAAGGAAACGGCCCUGCUGGUGGACAGAUACAAGUUCAUGGACUUAUAUCCUUGCUCUGCAAGCGAGCUGAAAGCACUUGGCUAUAAGGACGUCUCCCGUGCUAAGCUAGCAGCUAUAAUUCCAGACCCAGUUGUAGCUCCUUCCAUAGUGCCUGUUCUGAAAGAUGAAGUGGAUAGAAAGCCUGAAUACCCCAAGCCAGACACUCAGCAGAUGAUUCCAUUUCAGCCACGACAUUUAGCACCUCCAGGCCUCCACCCUGUCCCUGGGGGCGUGUUCCCAGUGCCCCCUGCGGCCGUCGUCCUGAUGAAGCUUCUCCCUCCUCCGAUCUGCUUCCAGGGUCCUUUUGUACAAGUGGAUGAACUGAUGGAGAUUUUCCGAAGAUGCAAGAUACCAAACACCGUGGAGGAGGCCGUGAGGAUCAUCACCGGGAGGGCCCCGGAGCUCGCCUUCGAAGGCAAUGGCCCCGUGGAGAGCAACGCAGUUCUCGCCAAGGCCGUCAAGAGGCCCAACGAGGACUCGGACGAGGACGAAGAGAAGGGCGCCGUGGUGCCCCCAGUUCACGACAUCUACAGAGCCCGGCAGCAGAAGCGAAUCCGGUGAGGCGGGCUGCAGACCGGCUCCCGGACUUGGGACUCCCUUCUUGCCUCUUAAGUCGCACGUCUGAAAGCGACAACGCUUUGUUCCAAGGUUCUUGGAAACAAAGUUGUAUCGUCAUUGGUGCCUCUCUCACAUGGUUCUCGAGGAAAACCACCGCCACCUGUGGAUUCCAGAACGCGGAGCAGAUGUGCGUGCUGAGCGGGAUGAGGUUCUCAGAAACAUGAGACACACGUGGCAGAGCCUCGCGUGUGCACGUCUUGUACCUGCCGCUUGAAGAUCUGUGAGUUUUCAACAGUUUUAUUUUAAAAACUGGAUGGCUUAUGAUUGUAAAGCAUUUCGUCACAUUUUCUGGAAAACAGUUGUUCUCAGUUUGCGUAUGUAGAGUCCUGCCUUAUUGUUUGUUUUUAUUUAUGGCGGAAUAUAUGGAAUCUGUUUUGUAGUUUAAAAUUUUAAAUCGGUCCUUUAAGAAAUAAAAGAAUCUCAGAAACA